AUAGCCCAACUGUGCAGAAUGCCCCACAAGAUUGGAUUUGUGGUUGUCAGUUCUUCUGGACACGAAGACGGCUUCAGUGCCAGGGAGCUAAUGAUCCACGCACCAACUGUUAGUGGCUGGAGGUCUCCCAGAUUUUGCCAGUUUCCACAAGAAAUUGUUCUUCAAAUGGUAGAGAGAUGUCGAAUAAGAAAACUGCAGUUGCUCGCUCACCAGUAUAUGAUUUCAAGUAAAAUUGAGUUCUACAUUAGUGAAAGCUUGCCUGAAUAUUUUGUGCCCUAUCAAGCAGAACGCUUUCGAAGACUCGGUUACGUCUCCCUGUGUGAUAACGCAAAAACUGGCUGCAAAGCCCGGGAGCUGAAAUCCGUGUAUGUGGAUGCAGUUGGGCAGUUUCUAAAACUGAUCUUUCACCAAAACCAUAUCAAUAAAUACAACAUCUAUAAUCAGGUUGCUCUGGUCGCGGUAAAUAUCAUUGGAGACCCUGCUGAUUUCUGUGAUGAAAGCAAUAUUACUUCUAGAGAGAAGCUGAUUGACCACUACCUGGGGCACAGUGCCGAUGACCCGGCUCUGGAUGGCACGUAUACUGGGAAACCUGACUACAUUUCUCCGCUAGAUGACCUAGCUUUUGACAUGUACCAAGAUCCUGAAGUCGCACAGAUUAUACGCAAGUUAGAUGAAAGGAAACGAGAUGCUGUCCAAAAGGAGCGUUAUGACUAUGCCAAGAAGCUGAAGCAGGCUAUUGCUGAUUUGCAAAAGGUCGGUGAGCGUCUCGGGAGGUACGAGGUGGAGAAACGUUGUGCUGUGGAGAAGGAAGACUAUGACCUCGCCAAGGAGAAGAAGCAGCAAAUGGAGCAGUAUCGAGCAAAGGUCUACCAGCAGCUGGAACUUCACAACCUGAUGGAUGCAGAGCUGAUGCGAAGACCCCUCGACUUGCCCCUGCAGCCCCUGGUUCACCCCAGCAGUCCUCGUCGUCAGAGCUCAAAGGCCCUGCUGCCCCAGAAGGAGGAGCACCUGACAGAAAAGCCAGCCUCAGAGCCUGUCCUGCAGGACCAGUCCUCACAGUCUCACGGCAUUCCUCCGCACGCUGCCGUGGACCCACUGCAGCCAGCCUCAGAGUCUCAUCCAAAGACCACCGUGGAGACAUUGCCCUACGAUGAACGGCCCCUCCCAGCCAUCCGCCGGCAGCAGGGGGACGCACUCACAGAGUAUGAAGUGAGCAAUGCUGAUGGCAUCGAGACGCAUAAAGGUGUUUUGUGGGAGCCAGAGCCCUUAACCGAGAAAGCCCUGAGAGAAGCCAGCUCCACCAUCGACGUGCUCGGGGAGACGCUGGUGGCUGGGGCCUAUUCCAAGACAUGGUCAUACCGAGAAGAUGCAUUGCUUGCACUGUAUAAAAAGCUGAUGGAGAUGCCCAUUGGGACACCGAAGGACGAUUUAAAGAACAUGCUAAGAGCUUCCAUCUUUCUCAUCAGAAGGGCCAUGAAAGACAUUGUGACCUCGGUCUUUCAGGCCUCUUUGAAACUGUUGAAGAUGGUGAUUACCCAGUAUAUCCCUAAGCAUAAACUGAGUAAAGUAGAGACAACCCACUGUGUGGAGAGAACCAUCCCCACCCUGCUCACCAGGACCGGGGACUCCUCCGCCCGCCUGCGCAUCAUCGCCUCCAGCUUCAUCCAGGAAAUGGCCUUAUUUAAGGAAGUGAAGUCACUCCAAAUCAUCCCAACUUACUUGGUGCAGCCGUUAAAAGCAAACUCCUCAACCCACCUGGCGAUGAGUCAGCUCGACCUGCUGGCUCGGCUGCUGAAGGACCUGGGCACAGAGGGCUCGGGCUUCACCUUGGAUAACGUCAUGAAGUUCUCAGUGAGCGCCCUGGAGCAUCGAGUGUACGAGGUGCGAGAGACUGCGGUCAGGAUCAUCUUGGACAUGUACAGACAGCACCGGGCUUUUGUUCUUGAGUACCUUCCCCCAGACGACAGCAGCACGCGCAAGAACCUUCUCUAUAAAACCAUCUUCGAAGGGUUUGCUAAAAUAGAUGGCAAGCCUACAGAAGCUGAAAUUAGGGCACAAAAAAAGGCAGCCACAGAAGAAGCAGAAAGACAGAAGAAAGAAGAAAUUAAAGCCCUCCAAGGACAGUUGGCAGCACUCAAAGAGGCUCAGGCGGAAGUCCAGGAAAAAGAAAGUGACAGUGACUCCACGAAGCCCAGGGAUGAGGAUACUCAGGGAAGGAAAGCCGACCCACCCAGUGCUCCAGAGAUCCCAGACAACCAUUACUUGGAUAAUUUAUGCAUUUUCUGUGGAGAAAGGAAUGAGUCUUUCACAGAGGAAGGUCUGGACCUGCAUUACUGGAAGCACUGUCUCAUGCUGACGAGAUGCGACUACUGCAAACAGGUGGUAGAGAUAGCCAGCCUGACAGAGCACCUGCUGACGGAAUGUGACAAGAAGGAUGGCUUUGGAAAGUGCUACCGCUGCAGCGAGGCGGUGCUCAAGGAGGAGCUGCCCCGCCACAUCAAGACCAAAGAGUGCAAUCCUGCCAAGUCAGAGAAACUGGCGAACAGGUGUCCUUUGUGCCAUGAGAACUUCUCACCUGGAGAAGAGGCCUGGAAGGGUCAUCUCAUGGGUCCCGCCGGCUGCACCAUGAACCUGCGGAAGACACACAUCCUGCACAGAGUGCAGGGGCUGCUGCCAGGUAAAACAAUGACUAGAACAGGCACCUCGGGUUUGAAGGCUGGCAGCAAGAUCCCCACGCUGAGGGGAGGCCUGAGUAAAGGCUCCAACAGGACGUACACAAAGCGGUGA